AUGGAUUCGGACGACAGUGGCACGAAACGGUCCGGUCGGGGACGAGGACGCACCAGAGGCACCCGAGGGCGUGGCCGUGGUCGUGGCCGCGGUCGGGGAAAGAAAGCGUCCCGUGUAAUCUCCUCGGAUGAAGAGGAGGAAGUUGCAUCACCGGAACCACCGGAAAAAGAGAACGAUAUGCUUUCGGAAAAGCAACAAAUAUCCACAGCCGGCAAACGACGUAGCGUUGAAGAGCGAGAAGUUACAAAAAAAGAACAAACAGCACCGGUGGUGGUAUUACAACCGCCAGAAGUUCUACCUGAACCAGCUGAACCGGAUCCGGAACCAUUGCCGGCGGUAAUCGAUUUACCGGCACCGACGAGCGCACCGCUCGUAAUCGACAUGGAGGCAGACAUUUCCCAGCUAGAGGCACCGACCUUUACCACCAUCAGCCGUGGACCACCGGAGCCGAUGCUGCACCUGAACUGGAACCACCGGGUAAACCUAAUCGGCGAAAAGGUGCUGAACCCGAUGAUCUACUGCUGCGACGAGUGUGACAAUCCGAUACUGAUCUACGGUCGCAUGAUACCGUGCAAGCACGUGUUUUGUCUACAGUGUGCCCGUUCCGACACGUGGAAGGUGUGUCCGCGCUGUAAGGAAAAGGUGACCCGCGUAGAACAGACCCGACUCGGGACAGUUUUUAUGUGCACACACGGUGGUACACGGUACGGGAAUACGGGCUGCCGGCGCACCUACCUAUCCCAGCGCGAUCUACAGGCACACAUCAACCAUCGACACGUGACAAAUCCUGCCCCAGCAGUGCCAUCCAUACAACCGUUGAUUAUUCCGCCAGCGCAACAAACUGUCCCCAUACAGCCGAUGCAACUGUCGCCGAUGAGUAAGCUGCUGUCGGAAAAGGUGAACUCGGGCGGGGUAGCUUCGUUGCGGAAAAAAUCCUCCACCGAACAGCUUCAUUCACCUCGAGCGAUUGGUGACGGUUACUACAAUUAUAGCAGCGCCGGUUCGUACAGCACAAGCCAUUCCGCUGGCAACCAGCAACACAUUCACAGCAACAGUCUCGCACAACAGUCCCCAGUUCAGCAGCAUUUGUCCCGGCCUGGUUAUUCACCGUACAGUCAUCAAAUAUCAUCACCCCAGCAGCAACAACAAUCAUCUAACGCGUCCUCCCACUGGAGCCAAUCCACCAGCCAGUACUAUCGCUAA